UAUUUACAUCCGGUGAUGAGGUGACACAGUUCUGGUCGUGUCACAUGUGCAAAAGAAUUAUAACUCUGGUUGAAAACGUAGAGUGACUUGUAGAACUGGGUAAAGUCUGGAACAACAAGUGCAGUGGAGAGAUACAGGUGAAGUGUAGAACCACAGGUGAGGGAUACCACCACAGGUGAGGAGAUGCCAAUCCUGGGCCUCAGUUCUCUCUCCUCCUGGGGGUCAUUGGUCAGUGUGGCACUCCUGAUUGUCUUCUCCUAUGUUGUCAUCAAGCUAACCCUGGCCUACCUAGACUAUCUGAGCUGGGCUCCUUUCUACACUGGUCUGCCCAUGGAUCCCAAUGCCAGCAAGCUCUUAGGGCACCUGCUGAUGUACCCAGGGCCCAAUGAGGAGGGUCUACGAUUCCAGAUGGAGCGCUGUGACAAGUUCCCCAAGUUUCACUUACUUUGGAUCAGCUUCAGACCGGUGCUGAUUGUUCACCACCCAGAGACAGUCAAGAUGCUCCUUAAAUCCACAGAACCAAAGCCACGUCAGUUGGGGACGGUGUAUAUCCUUGGUUUGGACUGGCUGGGGGAGGGAUUACUGAUCGCAAACGGACAGAAGUGGUUGCGGAAUCGUCGCCUACUUACUCCAGCGUUCCACUUUGACAUUCUGCAGUCUUAUAUUGCCUUAAAAAACAAAGCUGCAUCUGUUUUGGUGGACAAGAUAGAUCAGCAGGUGAAAGCUGGUAACAGCUUUGAGUUGUUCUCCUUCAUCGGACUGGCAUCGCUGGAUAUCAUUCUGCAGUGUGCUUUCUCAUACGAAAGCAACUGUCAACAACUAGGAGAGACACACCCCUAUGUGCACGCUGUCAAUGUUCUGUCCGAUAUCUGGGUGGCCAGGUCAUUAAAGCCAUGGUUUUAUCCAGAUUUCUUGUUUUACCUAUCCCCCAGUGGCCGGGAAUUUAAGAAAAAUUGUGAUUAUGUUCAUAAAGUGGCAGAGGACAUCAUUGCUAAAAGAAAGAAAAGCUUGGAAGAAGAAGGUUCCAAACCAAAGUCUCGCCAUUUGGAUUUCCUUGACAUUUUAUUAACAGCUAAGGAUGAAAAUAGCCAGGGUUUAACAUCCUUGGAGAUAAGGAAUGAAGUGGACACAUUCUUGUUCGAAGGUCACGAUACAACCACGAGUGGGAUGUGCUGGACGUUAUAUUUACUGGCCAAACAUCCCGAGCACCAGCGGGAAUGUCAGAGGGAGAUUGAUGAGCUAAUGGAGGGCAGGGAAAACAGGGACCUACAAUGGUCAGAUCUUCCUAAGCUGAGUUACCUCACCCAGUGCAUCAAAGAAAGCAUGCGCUUGUACCCCCCAGUGACCUUCAUACAGCGGGUCACUACCAAGGACAUCGUGUUAGAUGACCACCAGAUUCCAGCAGGGACAACGAUCGGAGUCCAGAUCUACAACCUCCAUCACAACAAGGCAGUCUGGGAAGACCCUUUCGAGUUCAAACCAGAACGCUUUUCUCCAGAUAAGGAGAGGAAAUACGACAAUUUUGCUUUUGUGCCAUUUUCUGCAGGACCUAGAAAUUGUAUAGGUCAGCACUUUGCCAUGAAUGAAAUGAAAAUUAUUCUUGUCCAUGUUCUACAAAGGUUUAAUUUAAGUUUGGAUCCAACUGGAGAAGUGAACAUAAAGAUUGGGGUUGUAUUAAGAACAAAAAAUGGAAUAAAAGUGAUUGCAGAGAGAAGAUAAGAGAUGCAUUCAUUGUGCAUUGAGAAUUGUGAGAAAAGUCUGUUGAAAAUGUAGUUAUAUUGAAUAGGGGCUUUGAUUCUCCCAGCAAGGCAUGGAGUUUUUUUUUUAAUUGGUAUUUUAUCUUCACCAAAUGUUGACCUGAAGUUGUUUUCACAUAAUUUUUAAGUUAGAUUAUUCUUUAUGUGCCAUAUUCUUCUUCACCAAUACAAUGUAACAGUA